AUGAAACGACAACUGUCUUUAACCGAAGAAAAGGCCGCUGGGAAAUCCAACUUGGUCCAGGACGCCAUCAUCACCGACUUGAAGAAGCGGUUUGAAGAGCAAGCGGAGGAGUUGGUGGGAGUGCGAAGGGCGGCGGAGGGGGCCAAACACGCUUUCGAAAUUGCAACCCAGCUAAAGGAGUCGGUAUCUGCUGUAGAGAAAGCAGAGUGGGAGAAGCAACGCAACCAGCUCAUGCGUGCUCUCAGGGUCAAGAUCGUGACGUUGCAGCAGUGCGAAGCCACUCUCAAAGACGAGAAGGUCAACACAGAGAUCGAGCGACGGUCUUUGCACCAGGCAAUUGACAAGCUGACCGAAGAGCUACGUGAAGAGUUUCAGAACGAUUGGUAUAAGGUGCAGAUGGAGGAAAAGGCCGUCGCCAAGGGUAUGGAGAUCCUACGAGCGCUUGAAGACAGACGAAAAUCAUUGGAAGGAGCGGAAGAAGAAAAUGGAGCAGUUGAUGGCUGA